UAAUUUAGAUCAGUUGAUUUCCGAACGUCCUCGUGAUUAGAUGGCCAAAAGUGGAUAGCUAAACCUUGGAAUUGGUGUUUGCGAUGCUUGACCUAGGCCAAGUUAAAUGGUACGCGAGUGUUGAGUGAGGUCGAUGCAAAAAAUAUAUAACCUAUCCUGACCGGACGGAAAAAGCCAUUCAUUUCCCCUUGUAAGAGAAGAAUUACGAGAGUGACUUUGUGCACAGUUUUGGCCUAGCGUGAUUAGCUGUACCGGUCUCUCGAUGGAUAUGUGUACCGGAUAAGGCUUUCCGGUGGUUUGUGCCUGAUGCUGGAUACGGCUUAACGAUGCCUACACGUGGCCAUUAUCGUUACUCGUGUCAGACGGAUACACCGAAAUGAAGCUGGAUUAUUGAAUUAAAACAUAACUUUCUCGUUGACGUGGGAAACCUCCAACGGAUGAUGAAGGAAGAUUCGUUCCGGCGACUCGGAAGCCCUACAUAGUGUGUUAUCUCGGCGCGUAUCGGCGGAAGGACGCCGUAAUGAAUUUAUAGGUGCGAUCCGCGUACAAGUGCUAAUUGUCAUAAACGCGAACUGGUGAUUUACCUGAAUGAGGUCCUAGCGGAAGAGCUUGUUACCAUACCAGGGAUCUAGUGAUACCAGAAGCGAAGUAUUAUGUUAUCCCAGUGAAUGGCAGUGAAUACGGUGUGUAUGGAGUAUGAAAUAUCCUCUUGUAGUCGAGUAGGGCUUGUGGGUGAUAUCAUCACAAUAUAAAACGACCCGGGAAAACCAGCUACGGAUGAACUGGCACGAAAUAUGAGCUCAGCAAUAAAGCACCAUCGACACAAGUGGACUCUUCCCCAAUAACUAAAAGGUGAUGGGGCGAGGACGAGAAUGAGGAUGGAGUUUACAAUUGGGCGCUAAAUUUAUGCAACUAGCUCUCUCUUAUGAUGUGGUUUUCGAUGCGAUAGAGAACAAUAAAUAGAAAAUUCAAGAUGCUAUGCAAAGCCGGCAGCAGUCGAGUGCGGUGAAGAUGAUGCACACUUACCGACUAAAGCGGACUCUAUAGAUACUAAAUUCAAUUACAGAAAGUGAAGUAGAAGAAAGGAACGCUUGGCCAAAGGAAAAGAGGGAGCACAGGGCAGGGCAGGGCAGGUGGCGCUAAGCAACGUGAUGACAGGCACAUUCAAGAAGGAUGCCAACAGAUGAAGAAAGAAGCAUUAUAUCCUGACGUCGUUGUCGCAGCCUCCGACGAGAAUUUCGUGUUUUUCUUCAGUGGUAAGAUGCUGCCGUUGAAGGAUAAAAGAAGUUAUGAUGUGGGAGUGAAAACUUUUUAUAUCUAGAAAUAUGGGCCACCAGUGAUUGUGAUAAAUUCGUUCGUUUUUUAAACGGAAAAUGUAGUAGCGGUAAAAUAUUUUGUGAUGACAUCGUCUUGCUGCUUGCAUCAUCAGUGUAACAAUGUCGCAUUGGCGACCAUUGUCUUUCUGCUCACAACGAUGAUAGAUAUGAGAGAACAAACCAUGUUGGACGAACAGCAUCCGCCAUCUCAGUAUGUAACUGGUCUCGAGGCAGUGGCAGAUGCAGAUGCAAAAACAACUGCAACUACAAUAAGCACUGCAACAAUCUCAACUACCGAAAACGAUGCAUAUUCUAAACAAAUCACUACGGAGAGCAAAUUGUCAACACUGACGUCGGCGUCACCCGAUGGGUCGUCCCAGCUGGAAAGGAUAUUGCUAAAUGCGACAACGACAGACAUGUUGACGUCCUCCAGUUUGCAACUUCAACAAGACCAGCAACGGUCCGAGGAAAACUCCUCGAUAUCUAGGGCACAAUACGAGUCACCGGCAGCUCUGUGGCAGCCCACUCAGGCUGUCCUCGCUGCUGCAGGCCCUCCGGUGAAUGCAUUUAGCGUGCCGACCGCGGCCAUCGCUCCGACAUCCACAACUCCCGCAACGGAUCAGCAACACCGGUCCAACUAUAGCAUAAAAUUCACAACCUUUCGACCAUUACUAGUACCUACAUUACCUGACAUUCGACAUAGGAUUAUACAUUCGAUGCCUUAUCAAUCCAAGCAUCACCACGAACGACACUGGGGUCCGUUUUUUGAGGAACCACUCAACGUGACAUCCGGGGCGCUGCAAGUGGGCUACCAUUUGUCAACGGAAGCAAUCCUCAACUGUCGGGUGGGAAUGCUGAAGGACAAAACGGUGAUGUGGAUCCGACGAACAACGGACAAGGUUUCGCUCCUAACCGUUGGCAACAAUACGUACAGCGGAGACCCGAGGAUAAGGGUUAAGUUCCAAUACCCAAAUAAUUGGAGGCUACAUAUCAACCCGAUCAGAAGCGAUGACGCGGGUCUGUACAUGUGUCAGGUAUCAACGCACCCGCCCAGAGUUUUCGCCACCAAUCUAACGGUGCUCGAGCCGGCAGUCCGAAUCGUAGACGAGAUGGGGUACGAGUUCUACGAUCGAUACUACAAAUUAGGCAGCACAAUCGAUAUUUGCUGCCAGGUGUCACUGUCUUAUCUGGCAACGCUGCCACCGACAGCCAAACAGCAGCCCGGUGGCGCCUUCAAUGGCCUCGAGCAACAGCAGCAGAUGCAAAACGGUGCCAAAUCGAAGCUCCCAGCCGAGGCAGCAUCAACUAGCAAUAAUCAUAAAGAUAAGACCAAACAAUCGUUACCCCAGAACGUCGUUUGGAAAAAAGAUGGCAUCGAGCUACCGAAAGAUAUCAAACUCAGCUCGAGCCUAUCGAAACAGUGGUUCCACAGCCGGUUGUCCAUAAUCCAGGCCGAGAGGACGCACAGCGGAAUCUAUACUUGCACCGUGGCCGACAAGCAGACGACCUCCGCUCAAAUCCAAGUGCUGAAUGGCGAAACUCCGGCCGCUGUCCAACACAAUGGGUGCUACAAAGAAAGAGCAAUUUCGAUACUGGUCUUCUACUGUGUUCUGUCCUAUUGGAUACAGUUGCACAUAUCCUACACGUAAUGGAGCUCGCCAGCCCUGAAUGAUGACGGUCAGUCCAGAACCGGGACGACAGCUUCCCUGGCCGAUUUGAUAAAGGUUAGUAGUAGUAUACGGCGGACAUUGGAAUCGCCUCGCCAUCAAACGAAAUCAACCCAACGCAACGCAGCUCAGCAUACAUUCCAGUUCUACAUUUUCGAAAAGGCGACAAUAUAUCAAUCAUUCAGCGAGAAUGCACAACCAUCCAGAUUACCCAUCAGCUGGGUUGUCCGUUUGGUGGCGGACCCGCGCUAAUGAAAGGCUUCAUUUGACGCCUUUUAGUAGAUUUUUCCAUCACACCAUCACCAGCAGAUGGUCAUCCACAAUUGGCUAGGCGUUAUCGUGCGAAUUUUGGCAAUAGAGAAAAAAAUAAGCCGGCCCAUGGGAACUUUAUAAAGAAUCUGUAAGAAGAUAAAAUGGAGCGAAAAAAACGAGGGUAAAUCCUUCAGUCAUGAUGAUUUAUAUAUCAUUUUUCUUUGGCGCUCCGAGAAGAAUAGCAUUCUCCCUCCGUCUAAUCUUCAUUCUUUGCAUUGAUCCAUCCAUUCUAUUGUUGAUCCAUUAAAUGGCCGACCGUUCAUCACAACGGAAAAAAUCUCAAAUUGCAAGUUGUUGCGCGAAUAAAAGAAAGCCCAUCAGUUUUUCAUUGUUUCGGAAAUUAAUGACACACUGCACAGUUUGUAGCACGUUUGUACACUCUCAUGUCGUACAUUCUCACUACGAGCUAACGGGAUUUGCAGACUGCGAUAUUAUUAACGACACCACGACGUUACUUUGCAAUGUAUUAUUUUAUCGAGAAAGUCCGCUUUUGGCAUUACAAACUUUAUUUCCUUGGAAAUAUUGUGUUUCAAUUAUGAUUUUCGGGCCUAGAACACCACUGCUUUUAAGAAUGAAUCAUCCGAUUGGAUGAAAAUCCAUAGAAAAGUAGGUAUUAUUUCGCUCAUUUAUUCAACUCUUUGAUGCUGUUAAGGAAAAAAAACGGUCAAAAAUUUUCCAGUCAUAAAUUAUUUUUCUUGAGAAUCCGUCAAUGGAAAAUUCAAAUAUUCUGAGUUUCUGCUACCAACUCAACACCUGUCAAAGGUUUCCAUCUAUAGGGAAGAAUUAUAAUACUUGAUCCCUGGGAUGACUUAAUCCCUUAGCCAUAUCUCAAACCGGCAAACAAUGAUUCUAAUAUGUCAAUCUUUAGACUUUAAUAUGAUCUUUAUCAAGCCAUAUUUUCAAAGCAAUAUUAAUUUCUCAUUUUUUUUUACAGAGAAAGUUCUCCAAAACUAAUAAUAUGUGUUGAAUUGAUCCCAAGAGUUCAUGAAGAUAUAUUAUUCUUCUGAAAAGAUCUUGCUCAUUGCUUAGCACGAAAUUACUUACAUUUAUCCAAUAUCCAAAAUUGAACCAAUAACUGCCUGAUAAAGAGGAUUUUAAAAAUUGCAUUAUGCAAUUGCAAAUAGAAAAUAGAUCCUUACAGUAUGAAUUGCCUGUAAGGUAGUAAACAAACUUUUAGAAUUUUCUUUGUCUGACACUAAAAGAUUAUUAAAUGAGAACUAAUAUUCAAUGAACUUUUUAGCACAUUUUUAGCUUUAGAUUUUGCCAAGCGGAUCAAGUCUCCUUUAACUUUUACAAUUUCACAAUUUUUUUCGUCCUUAAAUUAUGCUUCUGUUUCAUCUACGGGUUCAUAUGUCGUUUUCACUUUUGGAGCAUAUAACAUUAAAAAUACACUCCGUCAGGAAAUGUUAAAUUU